AUGGGGAUCUGCUCGAGACUGCUCCUGCUCCAUGGACGGACGCGGGCUCUAACUCGCUGUUGCGGUCUUGUCGCUGGGGUUGGCAGCGAGGCACCUGGGCCGGGUCUGCGGGGAGCGCCACCGCGGCGGUGCGGGGAGACGGGUAGUGGUCGGUCUUCCUCGGCAGCUGCCGGCGGCGGCAAGGCUCUGCAUCCUGGACUUGGAGCCCUGGGCCGUAGCAGCGUGGGCCCCUGGAUGUCGGCGACGGUGCCGGAUGCCGAGGCACCGGCGCCGGGCGCGGGUGCUCUCAUCUCUCGGCUGGCGGCGCUGGCGAGUCGCGCCACUCACGGAGGAACGGUCCGGCAGCCCGCCCUGAUGGUGAGGAAGCAAGUUGCUACUACUGAUUUCGAAGGUGAGGAAGCAAGCCGACGCUAG